AUGUAUGUGAAAUGGUUUGAUACAGUAAUGUUUUAUACUAUGUGAUUUUAGUGUAUUUAGUGAAUGUCACUUUUUCACAUUUUUGAAUUUCCCGCUGUUCCGUCCUCCAUACAUCCUGACGUCGCAGGGGACGGAACCCAGAUGACGGAUGCUGGCAUCGGCCGGGAGGAGAUGGCUGGGGACACUGCAGGGGGGACAUCGCGGGAGCGCAGGACAAGGUAAGAGAAGAACAGAUCCCGGAGCAACUCUGCAGGGCAUUCCUGAGUGUAGCUCGGGGUUACCGCUUGUGGUGCUACACUCGGGAAUACCGCCAGAGGGAGGUUAACAUAA